CACAAGGCUGAAAUAGGCUGAUACCUGCACUAACAUUAAAUCCACACCCACAUGUCUUAAAGGUGAAGCUUUAAGAUGUAUGCACAUUAUUUUCCAAUAUGCAAAUUAACCAUUUUGAUUUAAAAAUUAAUAGGUAAAAGUUCCUUAAUUUUCUCAUUAGCUGGUGGCAACUCUAGAACAAGGAUCAUUUCUAAGCCAAACUGAGCGAAUGGUCCCAAUAUUAUCCCCCAUGGCUCACCACUCCCCAUGCUCACUAUCUUUCAUUAAAGCUGAUGUGCGGUCAGUUACUGUGGCCAAGACUGACAGUCAAAUGGCAGCCAGCAGAAAGAGAGAUAACAUACAGCCAGGUAUGACUGAGACCAUUCCAUGGCAGAUGUCCCAGUGUUCUACUCAAACCCCAGUUACACAAGUACCAAGAUAAUUCCAGUAAAUCAGAUGGUCCAGACAUUCCAUCUACCAAACUUUUUAAAGGAAGGAGCUGCAAAUAACAUUUCCAUACUGAAUGGUUUUUCACUGGCAAUUAUGGGGUUAAGCUAGACAUCAUGAGUUAGGGAGAGGAGUUACAACCUGUAGCAAACAGACAUUUUAAACAAAAGCCGAUCAUUCAGUUUGCAGACACAGCUGCUUUCUCCUGCAUUCUUUCCAUAUUUUUUUAAUUCCUUCCUUGCACAAAAUCUAUUACCAAAAAAAUGAUUCUGGAAGAUCCAGUUGUCUUACUGCUGCUGUUUGCUGUCACUUUUAUUUCUAUUUUCACUGUGAAAAGGGGGUGGAGUAAGAGAACCUGCCUCAAUUACCCCCCAGGACCGAGACCUCUACCCGUCCUUGGAAAUCUACACCAGCUGAACCUGAAGAGACCGUACCGAACUUUGCUUGAGCUGUCUGAGAAAUAUGGCCCAGUCUUCAGCAUUCAGAUGGGACCAAAGAAAAUGGUGGUGCUGUCAGGAUAUAAGAUGGUGAAGGAGGCUCUUGUGAACCAGGCAGAUGCAUUUGCAGAAAGGCCCAGAAUCCCAAUAUUUGAAAAGUUAGCAAGAGGAUAUGGUAUUAUUUUUGCUCACGGUGAAAACUGGAAAGCGAUGAGACGAUUCACUCUCACGACUCUCCGGGAUUUUGGGAUGGGCAAAAGGACCAUUGAAGACAAAAUCCUGGAAGAAUGUGAUUAUCUGAUACAGGAUUUUGAAUCCCACAAAGGAAGCCCCUUUGAUACCAUUAAAUUGAUGAAUGCUGGUGUUUCCAAUGUCAUUGUGUCGAUAAUGCUCGGACACCGGUUUGAUUACAAGGAUCCAAAUUUUCUGCGGCUUAUCCAUUUAAUUAAUGAAAUUGUCCGUCUUUCCGGGAGUCCUACAGUUACGCUGUUCAAUAUGUUUCCCGCCCUUGAGUUCCUACCAGGAAAUCACAAGACUUUCUUUAAAAAUCUGGAAGAACUCUACUCCUUUAUUCAGCAGACGUUCAUCGAACACCUGAAGCAAUUAGAUCCCAACGACCAGAGAAGUUUCGUUGAUGCCUUCCUCGUCAAACAGCAGGAGGAAAAAUCUAAUCCCAAUUCCCAUUUCAAAAAUGAGAAUUUGCGAACUUUGGUGAGCAAUCUGUUCACAGCUGGGAUGGAAACAACUUCCACCACACUCCGCUGGGGCCUUCUGCUUAUGAUGAAAUACCCAGACAUUCAGAAAAAAGUCCAUGAAGAAAUUGAAAGAGUUCUAGGAUCUGCCCGGCUUCGUUAUGAGCAUCGGAAACAAAUGCCAUAUACAGAUGCAGUCAUCCAUGAGAUUCAGAGGUUUGCUGAUAUCCUGCCAAUGAACUUGCCUCAUGAGACUACUGAGGAUGUUAGACUUAAUGGCUAUGUUAUUCCUAAAGUCGGAGGAUCUGUGCAGGUGAGACCCUAGCCAAAAUGGAACUCUUCCUCUUCUUUACAAGCCUCCUGCAGAGGUUCACUUUCCAUCCUCCUCCUGGACUUACCAGUUCAGAUCUCAGCCUCACUCCCGCAGUUGGCAUAA